AUGCUCACAAGUUGCACGCCGUUCGUCUCCGAGGAGUCGAUUAGUUUUUUUUUCACCACCCACGGCGGCGCGGUGGGGAUCUAUGACCUUGCCCGGCGUGAGGUCCUCCACGACUUCCCCGGGCAUGAAUUCGACGCCUGGUGUGGGGCGGUUUGGCCGGCAUCCCUCGGGACCUACACCGCGAAUUCCCCUCUUGGAAAGGGGAAUAUACAAAAAGGGGAGGAGGGAAAUUCGAUGCUGCUGUCCGGCGGGGAUGAUGGGGUGGUACGGUUUUACGAUCUGCGAUGCAGCGCAGAGGGGGCGAUGCGUUUUCCCGCGGGGGUGGUGUCGAUCAGCCCGGUCCUGCAGAGUUCCAAGGGACGAUCCUGUGAGUGGGUAAGGGGGACGACGCCUUAUUUUCUCGUGGGCUCCUACGAUGAAUCGAUCGCGUUGGUGGAUAUGCGGUAUCGAAAAAGCCCCGUCGCGCGGCGGGAUGGGUUGGGAGGGGGGGUAUGGCGUACCUCCCGCUGCCUCAUCCCCGUCCGCUCGGACUGCCAUGCGAUGCGGGACAUCCCGCGAAGUAAUUUUGAACUCUUUCUGUGUAAUACCUUACCCUUUUACGCGACGGAUGAAGGGGUGGAGUGGAGGGGGAGGUAUGAUACCCCGACCACGAUGACCUUGGCGACGCACUCGUACGUGACGGAAAGAAAUAUCCUUAUAUUACCCCUCAUGCAGCGCGGCGCCGCAUUUUUAUCUUACGACGUAUCCAAGGCUGAAGAUGAGGUAUUUGCCCCCCCUCAGUACUUUUUCCCCCCCUCAUCAAAUACGGAAGAUAACAACGAAGAUAAUACAAACAAAAGAAGUGAAUCGGAAGGUGCGGGGAACGUUCAUAGUAUAAUCCCGCGUUAUCUACUGCAGGAACCGUUAACCGAAGAAUGUUUGGUGUACGAUACAGCCGCUCUCAGUCUGGAGACCACAUCCAACAACGAUUUGGUUAAAAAAGAAAAGGUAAAUAACAAGGAUGAAGAAUACAAUGAUGAAAAAAAGGUUCAAUGGAGGAAAUCUUCACGGCAACGGUCGCUACCUGCUCGUUUUAUGAAAAUAAAAUUGACUUAUGGCGUGCGAAUAUAA